CGAUAAUUAUCGAUGCAACAGCUACAGCUGAUUGUAAAUAGGAAAUGCCAGAAAAAAGGGCUUGGCGCAAGUUGCUUAAAAAGUUACAAAGAAAGCGCAGACGUCAGAAAUAUGCAUCCGCGCGUGAUGCGGAAAAGAGCCAAAAAGAAGCAGAUGAUAAGUAUCAAAUCUGUCUAAAGCAACAGGAGACACUUGCGGAAUUUGAGAGCAAGCAGGCUGAGCUAGCUUGGCUUAGCCGCGAGGCAAUAGCUCAAGAGCAAUUUAAAAAGGACAGGGUCAACAGUCAAGUCGUGGAGACUGAGCAGGAACAAUUGCGAGCAAGGGAAGAAAAUCACUUGGAGGCACUGAAGGAAGUGAAGUACAGACUGCGUGUGGAAAAUGAUAGAGUCGCAGAACAGACCGCUGAGGAAUUUGAGGCUACAAUGCAACGCUUAUAUGAGUAUCUGGAAGAUACAAGCGGUGGCUCACCACCAGCAGAGAUGCGUCGCGUCCUCGAAACUAAACCAAAUGUCAGGCAAUGCGAUUUUUUCAUGCGCACCAAUGGAUGUCGCUAUGGAAACGGCUGCCAAUUGAAUCAUCGACGUCCUAUGCUGGCAAAGAUACUAGUCAUACACAAUUUCUUUCAACAUCCACUGAUACAGCUGAGGAAUACACAAACACCCGAUGCGCAGUUGGAGUUCAGCGAACGCGAGAUGCGUGAGGAUUAUGAUGAAUUCUUUUAUGAUGCGGUUGAGGAGCUUCAGAAAUUUGGAAAAUUAAUUAAUUUUCGUGCAGUGAUCAAUACAAUGCCACAUCUAAUUGGUAACGUCUAUGUGGAGUAUGAAAAUGAGCGAUUUGCGGUGCGCGCUUUUAUUAAUCUACAAGGUCGCUACUAUGCCUCGAAACCUCUCAACGUGGAGUUCUCGAAUCUCCAAAACUUUCGCACUGCUGUUUGCGGCUUAUCCUUAACACGUAAAUGUCGUAAAGGUAACGGCUGUGGUUUUUUGCAUUUGUUUCGCAAUCCGGAAAAUGCAUUUAAUACUGACCUUACACAGCAUCCUACGCCAUCUGUCUUUCACAAUCAACCCCCACCUAGCUUUAUUGAUCAAACUCCAACUGCCAGAGCGCCAAGUUGGAAUGAUGAUAGAGAAGAGGUACAGUCACGCACUUGGCGUUGGUCUGCGAGUCCAGGGGGCUCGAGAACUCCAGUGCGGGAUCCAUUUAAUCCAUUCAAAGUCUUUGUUUGGGAGCGAGAACCAGAGAUUAUAGAGCUUGAGCCGAGGCCCCAAAAUACCGAAUCCAGAGCGGAGCAACAACACAGUCGUAGUCAUCGUAGAAGGCACCAGCGCCCAAAGGAGCAACAGGAUGAGCACAAUAAUGGCCAGGGCGAAGAAACUAGUCACAGUCGUAGUCAUCGUAGACGCCACCAUUGCACAACAACGCAGAGCCCAGAGCGAGAGCCAAAGCGGAAAAACAAAGAGUCCAGAAAGGAGCAACAGGAUGAGCACAAUAAUGGUCAGGGUGAAGAAACUAGUCACAGUCGUAGUCAUCGUAGACGCCACCAUUGCACACCAACGCAGAGCCCAGAGCGAGAACCAAAGCGCAAAAAAGAAGAGCCCAGAAAGGAGCCACAGCAUGCACAAAAUAAUCCACAGCUUGAGCUGAAGUGUCACAAAAUCGAAUCCAGAAAGGAGCAACAGCACAGUCGUAGUCAUCGUAGAAGCCACCAUCACCCGCCAAAGCAAAGUUCAGAGCCAAAGCGCAACAAAAUUGAAUCCACAAAGAAGCAACAGCAUGAGCAUGGCGAAGAAACUAGACACAUUCGUACUCAUCGUAGAAGAUACCAGCGCAACGAAAUGGAAAUUAAUAAGGAGCAACGAGAUGAGCACAAUAAUGGCCACGACGUAGAAACUAGACACAGUCGUUGUCAUCGAAAAAAGAACUAUCGCACCCCACCGCAGAGCCCAAAGCUUGAGCUUGAGCCGAAGCGAAAGCAAGUCGAAUCCAAACAAAGCUCAAGCUCUGAAAUGGACCGCAGCAAAAAUAGCUCUAGCCAGGAGGAACCGUAUCAGCACAAAAAAUUCCAACGUGAAGCAUUUCUACGCAGCCGUAGUCAAAUUCGAACACGUUCUCAAACUCCUCCACUGACGCCAGAGCUGUUGAAGAAAUUUAGCCAAACGAACAAUGCGAAAGAGAAGAUGCGCUUAGAGCCAGAGCACAGCAGGAGUUCCGUGCGGAUACCAGAAGAGACUCGACCCAGCCGUAGUAGCAGUAGAAGACGUUCUGGAACUCCACCGCUGACUCAAGAGCUUCAGCGUAAGCUCAGCAAACUUGCCAAAGAGAAGGUAGACUGUCUAGAGGUUGUGACAAAGUCCAUAAAGUAUAAGAAAAAGACUCGGAAGAGUAGAAGGCGUUCUGGAACUCCACCGCUGACUCAAGAGCUUAAGGUGAAGUUCAAACGAAUCAGCUCUCGUCCGAAGUAA